CUUUUUGCCACGUCAUAAAUAAAAAAUGUUAUCGAAAUUUUCAUUAAUUGUUGACGAUUUACAGUCUUUUCCAAGUAUUUCGUCUGACAUUAGUGUUUGUAGUACGUAAGUACACGUCAUAACUUUCGUAAAUAUUAAUGGACAGCUGAAACUAUUUAUUUAAAAAUAUGGAACCGUUGUACCAUCAAACAAAUAUAUUAGUUCAGGAAACACAACACCUUUUCUCACAACUAGGGCAAAAAACGCCUAACCUGGACGUUAAAGAUAUAGAAAACAACAUAGAAUCAAAAAUAAAUCUCAUCAACAGUAACUGUGAAAGAUUAGAUAUAUUGUGUCUUAAAGGCCCUAUAUAUCAAAGACAAAAUGCUAAGAUGCGGGUGGAUCAAUUGAAAUAUGAUAGCCGUCAUCUUACAGCUGCCUUAAAUUCUUGGCGCAAUAAAGUGAUUAAAAAGCAAAGAGAAGAGGCUGAAAGAGAGGCAUUGUUAUCUAGACAGUUUACCACAAAUGAUCAUGUUGAUAUCAUGAUAGAUCCUAAUACACAACACAAUUAUAGUUUACAAAAUGCACUUCAAGGUAUGGAUGAUCUUCUUCAAAGUGGAAGUAGUAUCUUGGGUAGCUUAAGAUCACAAAGACUAACUUUAAAAGAUGCUCACAAAAAAUUAAUAGACAUUGGAAAUGCAUUAGGACUUUCAAAUACCACAAUGAGACUAAUAGAACAGAGAGCAAGACAGGAUGGAUUUAUUUUAGUUGGUGGAAUAUUAUUCACAUGUAUUGUUAUAAUUUUAGUUAUAAUUUAUUUCAAAUAGG